GGAGGUCAUAUGUAAGCUAUUCAUUCAGGCAGCUGAAACCUUGCGUUCGAUUACUGAAUGGAAUGAAUUAAACUACUAUAUCGUUUACGGUAUUAUAUGUAAUGCUCACUGGUUCAAUCCCAGCGCUACUUCUAGCCUACAGGUGGUAAGCUAUUUUGGACUUUAAGGAACAUUAUUUGGCGAAACGUUUCCUCUAGCACGUUUCCCAAUGGCAGCGUCCAACGCCAAAUGUACUAGGCUAACUGGAUCUCUGGUCAAGCAGUUGCUUGAUUCAGUAGACAGUGUACUGUUCGACUGCGAUGGGGUUAUAUGGCGAGGAGACCAGGCCAUCCCUGGUGCCCCUGAUGUAAUUAACUUGUUAAAGAAAAACGGGAAGCGUGUGUUCUUUGUAACAAAUAACAGCACUAAGACCAGAAAAAUGUAUGCCGACAAAUUAGCUACAUUAGGGUUCAAUGCAAGUGAGGAGGAGGUAUUUGGCACAGCCUACUGUUCUGCAAUGUACCUCAAAUCAGUGGCUAAAAUACAAGGCAAAGUAUACCUCCUCGGAAGCAAUGCGAUGAAACAAGAGAUUGAGGAUGUUGGGAUCCAGACCACAGGUGUUGGUCCUGACCUGAUCACUGGUGUUCAGAUUGACUGGGCCAAUGUGUCAUUGGACCCUGAGGUCAAAGCGGUGGUUGUUGGGUUUGACCAACACUUCAGCUACAUGAAACUGAACAGAGCACUCCAGUACCUCUGCAAUCCCAACUGCCUCUUUGUUGGCACAAACACUGAUACAAGACUUCCACUGGAAGGGGGAAAAGCUGUUCCAGGAACUGGCUGCAUCGUCAAAGCCGUGGAGACGGCAGCCCAGCGGCCAGCCCAGGUGGUGGGCAAGCCCAGCAACUUCAUGUUCGACUGCGUGGCCAAGCAGUUUGGUCUGGACCCAGCACGUUGCCUCAUGGUGGGUGACCGGCUGGACACGGACAUCAUGCUGGGCACCAACUGCGGGCUGAAGACCCUGCUGACCCUCACCGGAGUGUCCACCGUAGCCGAGGCCGAGGCCCACCUGAAGAGUGGGUGCCCCAAACGUGCCGGCAUGGCACCGGAUUACUACAUCGACACCAUAGCAGAGAUGCUGCCAGCACUGCAGGGGUGAAGGAUCAAAAGAGAAUCUAUAUUAUAAACGUCCAAACACUCAGCUUGGGGAGAAUAGGGGAAUAGCCAGAGAGGUACGGCGAGUCCAGGGUAUGAAUUUAGGGUCACAAUGGUUAACGUAUACUGUUAGUUUAAUUCCUAGACAUGUCCAGUAUUGACGGACAAGGACCUGAGAAAGCAAAGAGAGUUCUGAUUAGGAGACUGAUGGAUGUGCAAUGCCUGUAUAGUUUACAUCCAUUUUCCUAUCGUCUCUCAUACUGAGUAAUCAUACUAAUUUAGAGUGAUUUGUGUCGUUUUUAAAAAGAAAUGUGACUGAAUGAACCGUUUCUGUUUGAACCCCCUGUAUGUUAAGAAAAGUAUAUGUUAUUGGUGUCUAAAGGUAUAUAGAGGUGUGUAAAGAAAGAAAAAUACACAUUUUUAUGAGUUUCAAAAGGAUCUGUAUAACUGUAUAAAAUAGUAUUGCAGUCUACUCUAUCUAAUAUGCAUGCUAUAAUCAUGGUUGCCAUCACAGCAAGUAAUGGCUUCCCCAGACAGGGAAAAUGGUUUAUCUGUGUCAGUGCAAUUCCUUAACUGUUUCCAAAUGAACAUGAGAGGUUCUUGGCUCUGUUGAUCACUUGUGCUCAAGUAUUUUAUCAUCACACUGAAGAUGCAAGAAAAAAAAAAUCAUGGACUGCAGACCCCACUGGUAUUAGCCAAACAACAACUUCCCUGAUUUUAUUCUGACAUUUCCUUCCUUUACACUGUGUGUAUCUGGACUCAAGUCUUAAGAUGAUCAAAAUAAAAUAAGGAUAUUUUAGCC